AUGUCUUAUAAUGACACUGUAACACUGGAAAACAAAGGGCUAGAGGUGGAGCAUGUGAAGAUUUUAACAAUCUACACCUCCAUUGACGUCUCUUGCAACCAGUUUGAAGGAAAUAUACCCGAGGCAAGGGGAAAACUCAAAAUGCUCUACCUACUCAAUCUAUCACACAAUGCACUUACAGGCUCAAUUCCAUCAUCAAUUGGAAACAUGAGACAACUUGAAGCCCUGAACUUCUCCGUGAACAAGCUUGGUGGAACGAUCCCUACGGAGCUUGCAAAUCUAACUUUCCCUUCAUAUUUGAACUUGUCAUACAAUAAACUCUCUGGAAGAAUUCCCACUGCAGCUCAGUUUUCAACCUUUGAAAAAGGAUCAUUUAAAGGAAGCAAGGGAUUAUGCUGGACUUUAUCAAGCAUUUCUUGUGAUGAAGCUGAAAGGAAACCACCAUCAGGGCCAGAAAAUGAUCAGUCUUCCAGUGACAAUAUUGAGUGGGACAAAAUAUUUGCUGAAAUUGGUUUCUCCGUUGGCUUAUGCAUUGUUGUAAAUGUAAUCUCUCUUUUGUUUUGCAAAAGAUGGAGAAGAUUUUACUAUCAACAUAUUUAUCGUGCUCUUACCAAGAUUUUCCGAAAAAAAAUCAGGGACAAAGAAGAGGGAACAGAAUCCAUAGACAAAGUACAUAGCCUUUGA